UCUCCCUCCGUUCCUCUUUCCCGUUUAUUAUCGGCAGAGGUCGCAUGGCAGAGGGAAGUCCAACUGUACUGGAACCAAUGCAAGAAUAUGCACCUCCAUAACAAAGCCUGUAUGGAGUCCUGAGAGCAGUGGGAAAAUAGAGGCUGCAAAUUUAUGGGCUGCUGUUCAGCCGUAAAAAAAAGAGAUCUAAUAAGAGAGGAUCUAAGUUGGAGGUUUUCUUGUAUUUGUUCUGGAACAACGGGAUAGUUUUGCAAACACGUGCGUAUCCAUGAAAUUUGUACUCCGUUUUGAGUGAGUGAGUGUUUCGCAUCCUGGUGCGGGGCUGCUGUGAGGAGGACUGCGCAUCACCAGAGUUGGUGCCGAAGUUCGGCCGCGAACGGAUGUGAGGGAAGAGUGUACCGAGUAAAACUCACCCACUUCUUUUUUUCUUUACCUCCUGCUUUGGCGUUGUGUUUGCUGAGACAAUAGUGAGUCAAAGACGCUGAAAGUGAUUUCAUGCCUUCAGUCUCGCACAACCUGAGAUGGACGUGAGAUUUUAUCCUGCGCCCCCGGCAAAUGUGGGUUCAUGCUCCCUACCGACUGAUCCAAGUUGUCUGAGCCCGUUGGACUAUUACCACUCGAACAAGGCCCGGUACAGUGUGGGUGAACGAGGGGUUAGGCUCCAUACUGCCCCCCCUCCAGGCAUCAAUCCAGCUAGGAAAAGACUGCCCACUGCAGUGUUUGAUGGUGACAACAUGUACAUGAAUGACAAUAACCAAGAGUUUCGGUCGCCAAACCAGAGCUACUCCAGUCAGGGCAGAGGAAGCAGCGGUGGAGGUGGAGGAGGAGGAGCGGGGGAUGAAGACUACGAGAUCCCCCCCAUCACACCCCCUAACCAUGCCGACCCCUCUCUGCUGCACCUCAUGGAGCACGAGUCAGGGUACCCCUUCCACUCCCUGCCUCACAACGGCCUGCUCAACACCUACUCCUACCCUGAGCUGCCCGCCCUCAUGAUGUCUAACAUGCUGGGUCAGGACACCCAUCUCCUCUCGGGGCCUAUGCACUCAAUAAAUAGUGAGAAGCGGUCCUCAGCAGAAAUGAUGAAGCCCAAACCCAAACCCCAGAAGAAGAAGAAGAAGAAGGACCCCAACGAGCCACAGAAACCCGUGUCGGCCUACGCGCUCUUCUUCAGAGACACCCAGGCGGCCAUCAAGGGCCAAAACCCCAACGCCACCUUUGGGGAUGUCUCCAAGAUUGUGGCCUCCAUGUGGGACAGCCUAGGAGAGGAACAGAAGCAGGGUUACAAGAGGAAAACCGAGGCGGCCAAGAAAGAGUACCUGAAAGCCUUGGCCGCGUACCGAGCCAGUCUGGUUUCCAAGACAUAUAAUGACACUGAACCAAAAAGUGCCCAGCAGACCAGCCAGCCCUCCCACCUGCUGCCCCCGAAGCAGCCCCUGUACAGCGUGCCCCCCCAGCCCUCCUCACCCUACCUGGGCCCGCCGGGCUCCUUCCCACUGUCGGACCUCCAGAGCUAUGCCGGGCCGCCCCGCCACACCCUGGCCCAGACCCUCAGCCAAUCCCAGAUGCUGCCACCCAGCAUGAGUGCCUCUCCCCCAGCUCCCUUCCAGAUCAGCCCACCUCUGCACCCCCACGCCCAGCUCUCCCUGCACCAGAGCUCCCUGCUCAACCAGCCAAUCCGCAUGCAGCAGUCGCAGCCAAUCAUCUCACACCAAAUGGGGCUCCAGGCGCCUCUGCAUUCCCCUCCUCUCAGCCAACAGGGAUUCUCCCAUAUUCAGGCUGAUUACCAGAACAGUGUCGGGGGCUCACAGUCUCCAGGGGCUCCCAACCCAGUGCAUGGCCAGAACCCUGACUGGGAUAGCGAGUACUGCAACAGGGACUGUGGACCCAACCACUGCGGCAGUGGCAUGGGAGCUCGGGACAAGCCUCUCUACCUCACUUGAAGUUGAAACACCUCCAAAUGUCAGACUCCAGGGAGAUUUCCAACAUAACAACGUCAUCGAUAUAUCUGCUUCUACACCAUUUUGUUUUUCUUUUCUUUAUCUGAAGGAUUUUGAAAAUCCCAAAGACUGCUACAGUAACUUCACCUGUUUGCCAAGCACUUAGAUCGGCCAGAAGCCCGAGGCACUUCUCUUGCUUUUUUUUUUCUUUCCUUAUCAGUGAACUUUCAAUUUUUUUGUGGGGGCAGUGAGCUUUAAGCUCAUGCCAACAUACUGGAAUGAAGACCAAAAAAAAAAAAAAAAUGUCUUCUCAUUUUGUUUUGAAUUCUUUAAAGAUGCUUUCUCUCCUCUUCACUCCAUUACUGUGUGUUUGCCAUGGACUGCCCUCAUUGGGGAGAUGAAAUGCUUUAAGCAUACUCAAAGCGUAGGGGUCUCUGGUAGAAAAGCUAACGCAGGAAACUAGAAUAUAGUCACCUCAGCAGGGGUGGAUGUACUUCAGGACAGACUGAACCACCCUGACUGAGUGUAAGCAAAGCAACAUUUUAAUGAAGAUAGUCACAAACUCAUGACAUUUGUAAAUCAUCUUUGCCCCUAGUAAAGGACUUCCUCGUUUCCUUUAUUUCUCACAGAGUGAUUGUAAAUAUCACCAAAAUGGAUCCCUCUUAUGUGUGUAUUUAGCUGCAGUCCCUUGCUUUCUUUUAUUUUAACAUUCUUUUUGUUUGGUUUUGUGAUUUUCGUGCAGGCAGAUUCAGUGAGGGAAUACACACACUAAAACUUGUGUUGAAACUGUGUUCACUGGUCUUGUUUCUCUCCAAAUGAGAGAGAGAGAGAGAGAGAGAAAUGCAAGGACUGAAAAACGUUUCCUCCAGUGGUUCCUUUACUGGCGGAGCUCUGAUAGAGGGUGUCACUCUCUCCACGCGGCCUCAGGACGUUACCGAACUGUAGAGGUCAAAGAUUGAAACCUCUCCUUUUAGCUCCUCCUCCUCUUGGUCAGUAGGGACCGCCCCCCACCUGUAACCCUGCCCACCUACCCGUAGUCCCGACACCACUUGUACAGGUGAAUAAAAAAAAAAAAAGUUGCUAAAUGUGAAAUGUUACUAAAGAAAAAAAACAGUGGGUUUUAAAGUUUUUGACUAGUUUUAUUAGAUGUUUUAGAAUUGUGUUGAACUCAUCUUUAUCAUUUUUUGUGAAGAAAAAAAAAUUCUUAAGAUAUUUUGUUUUUUCACUGUAGCAGGAUUUGCGUUUCAGAGGAGCGGUCAUGGGAGUAGAUAUUUUAAUUUUGUGUAUAAACCUGCCAAAUGUACUUCUUUAAUUUGUAAAGCCAGUGAUGAGAGAACCCAUUUUGUUUUGUUGAAUAUCAUUUGUUUUACAAUAUGGUCAUUCUAUUUAAUUUGGUUGCAGGUUUCACAUCUAUUUAUGAAUGAUAUGAAGUACCAUUUUGGCUUAUUUUCAUCAGGGUGCAUUAUUAUUAUUAUUAUUAUUAUUAUUAUUAUUAUUAUUAUUCAAACAACAUGAUUAUUAGAAUAAUAAAUAUUUUUUCAGAAAUUGUUGUUGGUGCAAUACCGCUGUACCAGCAUUAGAUUCAUUUUGUGUCACAAAUACUUCUUUUGUUUUCUUUUGUCUGUAAUAAAAUGUUUAAAGUGGA